GAGUUACUGCUCCAGUGCAGCUAAUACUUGUUUUUAACACUUGGAAAGCAACUGCAGAUUAGCUCCUAGUGCAUCCAGUUUUCUGUAUGUGUUGCAUCAAGUGUGUAUGUGUCUUUCUGUUUGUUGAAAAGCUAGAAGAUAAUGCAGCAAACGUUCCCUUCUCCAAUUUCAGCCUCUUGUUUCAAAGAGCCUCUUGUUUUAUCUUAGCACGUGGACUUUCCAAAGCCAAAACUUACUCUACAAGUAACGGUGAUUGAAGCAAAUUUGAGUGGAGAAAUGAACUUAAAAAUUGAAACUGAUGCAGUAUCUGUAACAACACAUUUUAAAGAUUUGGGAAAUCCUCCCUGGGCAUCAGAGGAUGGAUGUCAAAGCUCUGCUCAAGGCAGAGAUCUGCAGAGCAUGGCUGAAGCACGCAUAGACAUCAAGAAGUUGCAGCAGCUGCUUGUAGGACAGCAGGUCAAUCCCACAAAAGCCUUGUGCAAUAUCGUGAGUAAAAGGGUUGUCCACUUUAUCUUGCUCCAUGAGGAUGUUUCACUUCAGUACUUUAUUCCAGCACUUGCCUGAAUAUUUUGGAAUCACAGCCAUUUUCCAAGCUGAGGCCUUUCCCACAAAGUGGGAUAGCAACUUACCUUGGUGUUGUCUGUUUGGUUUAUAAAUACAUUUGUGAUCUUCUGUAAGAUAGGGUUGGGUGGUGGGAGGAAAGGGGUCACUAUUCUUCAUUUAAUAAAACUUAAGAUGUAAUCCAACAAUUCAGCCAAAUAAAUGCUUUAUACUGUUGUUUUGAAGCA